ACGUCAUCAGUGCGCGACGCAGCGUGUAGGACUGUGAAGGACGCCGACUAGAAGCUUGUGAUGAAAUCAGUCUAAUAUAAAGAUCUGUCAGACGCUGUUAUGAUGGCGCUGUCGUGUCUAACCCGAGCCCUGCGGUCGCUGACUCUCUCCCAGCCUGCCCUGCUUUCCUCGCAGGGAGUUGCACAGACAAAGCUGGCACCUCAUGUGACUGGUGUAGUCCUAAACCAGUGCAGAGGCUUCCUCACCACAGCCUCUCUGAAGCAGAACAGGACACAAUGGAAGCUGAGGGAGAAGUAUACAAUCAAACCUAUUGGCAUGAAGAAGACCGGAGGCAGAGAUUACACAGGAAAGGUACGAACACAUGGCAUUGGUGGAGGCCAUAAACAGAAGUACCGGAUGAUAGACUUCCAGCGGCUGCGCUAUGAACCAAACAAAGUGGACCAGCCCUUUGACGAGAAGGUGGUUGAAGUGCGGUACGACCCAUGCAGGUCUGCUAACAUCGCCAUGGUAGCUGGAGGCAGCCGCCAAAGAUGGAUCAUCGCCACAGAGAACAUGCAGCCUGGAGACGUCAUUAAAACGUCUGCAGUUAUCGGACGCAUGGCAGUCUCAGCCAAUGAGGGCGAUGCGUACCCGCUGGGGGCCCUUCCUGUGGGGUCGCUGGUGAACAACCUGGAGAUACAACCAGGGAAAGGAUCCGAGUACAUUCGUGCAGCAGGCACAAGUGGCCUUUUGCUCCGUAAAGUGAAUGGAACUGCGAUCAUUCAGCUCCCUUCGAAGCAGCAGGUCCAGGUGUUGGAGACCUGCAUGGUCACAGUGGGACGCGUCUCAAACAUCGACCACAACAAACGGAUCAUUGGUAAAGCCGGGCGAAACCGCUGGCUCGGCAUCCGUCCCUCGAGCGGUUUGUGGCAGAGGAAGGGGGGCUGGGCAGGACGCAAGAUCAAACCCCUGCCUCCCAUGAAGGUCUACGUCAACCUGCCCUCCAUCUCUGCGGGCUAACACACUGGACAUUUGCUGGAUUUGAGAUGGUUGUCUCUUGUUAUAUUAAAUCAGGUUGUUUGUUGGAAGAGAAAGUAUGAAUAAAGACAAGCUGUUUGUA